AUGUCAACCUCCCUUUCAGCAGAAAGCUCUGUCAAGCGGACUAGAAUACUCUACAAAACAACUGCAGAAUCUGCCUUUAUUCCAAGAAGCGAUCCCACCAUUCAUCAAGCCAGUGUGAACCGACGAAAACGACGAGCACCACCACCGUUGCAGCAACAAUCCAGCAGCAGCAACACUACUACCAAUAGCAAUGCCUUGACCAUUGCUGCUUCCGAGGGCACUACUACCACAAUGAAGCCCAUUUCGGCUGCAGAUCCACAAACCGUAAAUCAAACCAGUGGUGCAUUGGUGACCACUGGAGGACCAACGAGUGCCAAGAAAAAGAUUGGAGGCAUUCUAGUGGAAUCUACAAAGUCCAAACAAAAACUCAAAAUGCCCACUCCCGAUUGGCACGCACCUUGGAAAAUAUCCACCGUUCUGUCGAGUCACUUGGGUUGGGUUCGAAGCAUUGCCUUUGACCCUACCAAUGACAUGUUUGCCACUGGUUCCGCGGAUCGCACCAUCAAAUUAUGGGAUUUGGCCAAGGCAUCCGUCGGUGCUCCCGAUGCCUUGAAAUUGACCCUGACGGGCCACAUUUCUCCCGUUCGUGGCCUAGCCUUUUCACCACGACACCCCUACCUCUUUACGGCGGGAGAAGACAAAAUGGUCAAAUGUUGGGAUUUAGAAACCAAUCAAGUCAUUCGGCAUUAUCAUGGGCAUUUGAGUGGAGUCUUUUGUUUGGCGCUCCAUCCCACGUUGGAUGUCUUGGUAACGGGAGGUCGGGAUGCCGUGGCGCGGGUGUGGGACAUGCGGACCAAGACGCAGAUUCAUUGUCUGUCAGGACACGAGCACACGGUGGCGUCCAUUUUGACCAAGUCCACCGAUCCACAAAUCAUUACGGGAAGUCACGAUACUACCGUCAAACUGUGGGAUUUGGCGGCGGGUAAGGUCAUGACUACCUUGACGCAUCAUCAAAAGAGCAUUCGAGCACUGGCACAACCGUCUUUUGAAAAUACCUUUGUUUCCGGAGCUGCAGACUGUUUGAAGUACUGGCAAGCAAAGGAUGGUCGAUUUAUGAAAUCGUAUACCGGUCACAAGGCGGUCGUCAAUGCCUUGGCGGUCAAUGAUGAUGGGGUCUUGGUCAGUGGGGGAGACGAUGGAAGCAUGCACUUUUGGGAUUACAAGACGGGGCAUAACUUUCAAUCUUCGGAAAGUAUUGUUCAGCCGGGAUCUUUGGAUGCGGAAAAUGCCAUCCUGACGGCACAAUUUGAUGGAACUGGCAGUCGGUUGAUUACAGGAGAAGCGGACAAGUCCAUCAAGAUUUGGAAGCAAGAUGAUGAGGCAUCGGAGUUGACGCAUCCCAUCGAUAUGGUGGCAUGGAGGAAAAAAUGCAUCAAGGAAUCAAAACAACGAUACUAA